AUGCUCUCAAACUCUGCAAACGAUUAUAUUCAACGCGAAGGUCCACUUGCUCAGGCAGGGCUACUUGCUAAUAUCGGUCCAAACGGCAAUCAAGCCUCUGCGGCUGCACCCGGAAUUGCUAUUGCCAGCCCAAGCACCUCAAACCCAAACUAUCUGUACAGCUGGACACGCGACGCAGCAUUGGUUUUCAAAGUCAUCGUUGAUCACUACGCUCGUUCGCCCGCACCAAGAGACUUGUCCUUGAGGACUCUGAUCGAUAGUUAUGCCGAUGCACAGAGCAGGCUGCAAGAAGUGGAGAAUCCUUCUGGAAACAUCACUACGGGAGGUCUCGGGGAACCCAAGUUCAACAUCGAUUUGACUGCCUUUACAGGCUCCUGGGGCAGACCUCAACGCGAUGGCCCUGGUCUGCGCGCAACCACUCUCAUUGCCUACGCCAACUGGUUGCUGGAUAAUUCAAACAAAACACAUGUAAACACACUUUGGCCUACCAUCCAGCUUGAUCUUGACUACGUCGCCGAUAAUUGGAACAAGACUGGAUUCGACUUGUGGGAGGAAGUCUCAUCGUCGUCUUUCUGGACUACCGCCGCUCAACACCGCGCUCUCCGUCAAGGCGCAGAAUUGGCAAAGACCCUUAGCAAAGAUGACCUUGCUGAGAGCUACAGUACACAGGCCGACAAUGCUUUGUGCUUCUUGCAGUCCUACUGGAAUCCCAAUGGCUCUUAUAUCACCUCUAACACUGGUGGCGGGCGUUCCGGCAUCGAUGCAAAUUCGAUUUUGGCUUCUAUUCAUUCUUUUGACCCCAGUGCUGGUUGUGAUGCCUUGACAUUCCAACCUUGUUCGGACAAGGCACUUUCAAACCUUAAAGCCUAUGUAGAUUCGUUCAAGACUAUAUAUGGAAUCAACGAAGGGUUCUCUGAAAACGAGGCGAUUGCUACUGGAAGAUAUCCUGAGGACAUUUACAUGGAAGGCAAUCCCUGGUAUCUUACAACCUUUGCUGUAGCCGAGCAACUUUACGAUUCUCUUUCCGUAUGGGAUGCUCAAGGUUCUCUGCAAAUCACACCUGUCUCCCUCUCCUUCUUCCAACAAUUCUCUUCAAAUGUACAAACCGGGAACUACGGAGCUGACUCGCAGACAUACGGCACACUCACUUCCAAGAUCCGCGCCUUUGCGGAUGGUUUCAUCGCGGUUAAUGGUAAUUAUACUCCGGAAAGUGGGUCGCUGGCGGAGCAAUAUGGAAAAGACGACGGGAAACCUACCAGCGCUCGAGAUCUCACCUGGAGCUAUGCUUCUGCUAUCACAUCCUUCCUUGCGCACGACGGUAUCGUACCUACUCCUUGGGGAGCGCAAGGGUUACAAAUACGCCGGGAUGCCAAUGGUCAUUGCAUAUCGAAUCCUGGACCCAUGUCGGAGAUUGUCUUCGAGGUAGAGAGAAACACUCUUUACGGAGAAAACGUCUAUAUCACCGGAUCUAUUGGCCAAUUGGGCGAUUGGGAGCCAGCUAAUGCCGUGAGAUUAGAACCAAAGAAUUAUCCCUCUUGGACUGUGAGGAUCGAGAUCCCUGCAUCGACUACCUUUAGCUACAAGUAUAUCGUGCAAGACCAACGCAGUGGUCAGGUUACUUGGGAAAACGAUCCCAACCACGAAGUUGCAUCCCCGUUCAAAGGACAGUCAGUGGUGCUUUCGGAUACAUGGCACGACUAA